AUGGCGAAAGAGUUCAGGCUCGAAGGGAUCAGCUCCCUCGAUUUGAAGGACGGAGAUAAGCAGGAGGUGGAGGUUGCGGGUGUUGAGGGGGGCAAGGUCUUGAUUUCCAAGAUCGGGGGGAAGCUGCAUGCUACGUCGACAAGGUGCACGCACUAUGGGGCGCCCCUGGUGAAGGGAGUCCUUACACCAGAAGGAAGGCUGACAUGUCCCUGGCAUGGAGCAUGUUUCAAAAUCGCCACUGGAGACAUAGAAGACGCUCCGGCCCUGGAUCCCCUCGUCGUUUACGAACUUAUCGAGAAGAACAGCGCUCUUUAUAUCAAGACGGACGAGGAGACCAUCAAGGACAACAAGAGAGCCCUCAACAUCAAAUGCUCGGUCGUGAGCGAUGAAAAGGUUCUGGUCAUUGGCGGUGGAAGCGGCACAAUCGGGGUCAUUGAAGGCUUGAGAGGUGGCGGGUACAAGGGCCAGAUCACCGUCAUUUCAAAGGAGGGCUAUCGACCCAUUGACCGUACCAAGCUCAGCAAGGCUCUGCUUACCGAUCUCUCCAAAUUGGCAUGGAGACAGCCCGAGUUUUACAAAGAUGCGUCCAUUGAGAUUGUCGACGAUGAGGUCAAAUCCGUUGAUUUUUCAAGCAAAAAAGUCUCGACGAAUUCGGGCAAGACGUACGAGUACACCAAGUUGGUGUUGGCAACCGGUGGAACCCCCAGAUGGCUCCCACUUGAGGGAUUGAAAGGGGAUCUAGGGAAUGUGUUUGUUCUCCGUUCGAUACCCAAUGCACAGGAUAUUCUGAAGGCGGUUGGUGACAACCACAAGAAGAUUGUUGUGAUUGGAAGCUCGUUCAUUGGAAUGGAAGUGGCAAACUGCCUCGCAGGGAAGGAGAAUGAUGUGACGGUCGUGGGCAUGGAGUCAGAGCCAAUGGAGCGUAUCAUGGGAACGAAGGUGGGGAGAAUCUUCCGCGGCCUUCUCGAGAAGAACGGAGUCAAGUUCUACAUGAACGCAAGCGUGAAGAAGGCCACUCCUAAAGAUGGCGAUCCCUCCAAGGUCGGGGCAGUUCACCUCGAGAACGGACCUGUGCUGGAGGCCGAUCUUGUCAUUGAGGGUGUUGGAGUCGCACCGGCAACAGAGUACCUCAAAGACGUGCCAGGGCUCGAGCUCCAAAAAGACGGGUCUCUCAAGACAAACGAGUCGUAUGAGGUCGAGGGAUUGACGGACGUGUAUGCCAUUGGAGACAUCGCAACGUACCCUUACCACGGGCCCGGAGGCAAUGGCAAGCCCAUCCGCAUCGAGCAUUGGAACGUUGCGCAGAACCAAGGCCGGUCCGUAGCGAACUCGAUCAACAACCCGGGUGCCAAACCGAAGCCAUUCAUCCCGGUUUUCUGGUCUGCGCUGGGACAGCAAUUGCGCUACUGUGGCAACACUGUUGGCGGCUACGACGACGUGGUCAUCACGGGGGAGCCGGAGAAGGAGCAGCCGUCGUUUGUGGCAUACUACACGCUGGGCGAGACGGUGGUUGCAAUGGCAUCGAUGAUGAAGGAUCCGUACAUGACCAAGAGCGCGGAGCUGAUGAAGCGAGGCAAGAUGCCGACCAAGUCGGAGCUGCAGCAUGGAGUGGACAUUAUGUCGUUGGAUGUGCCUGCUGAGAUUCAGAUGUGA